UUUGCGUUUAUUCUGCAUUGUCACACCUAACGGUUAGGAUUCACCAGGCGGAGCAAUAUCGCACAUAAAAGGCCGAGUCAGUGAUAUAGUUGGUGUACAGUUGAACCAUUUUGACAUUUAUUUCUGACACAAUUCAGUAAAAAAGUACAGUUGCAGUAAAAAGUACAGUUGCGCUGGAAAGUGUUAACCGGAAAUAGCUAUAUUUGAGCUCAAGUGUCAAGUACUACACAGAGCUGUACCAGUUUUUUAAUUAACAACAGUGAAUUUGGAAAAAGCUGAGGAUGUCAGCCCUGCCGUCGCCCACCACCUGUGGAUGCCCACCUGUCCACUGGAUAUUCGUUGUCAUUGUGCUCCUGUCAAUGGCGAUUGGGCCGGGCCACGCCAUGCCCCGUUCAGCCAGGAAUACGCAGUUGAUGUUCAGCGAGCUCCUGGGAGGCGGAAACGAGGACAACAACUAUUAUGGCGAGCAGUUGAGGUACCAGCAACAGCAGCAGCAGGAGCAGAAGCAGCUGCGUUUGCCAUCCUUUGCCCGGAAGUGGCCUUCGCUGAGGGAUCUCCUGCUCACCGCGGACUACGAUGACUUCGGAGUGACCCAGGAGAGUGACGAGCAGGAGGCCCCCAAUUCCCGUCUGCUGGCCCGACUCCACAAGCUCGGCGACAAUGGAGGCGGCGAUGAGCUGCGCUACAAUGUCGUCAGCGACCUGACCAAUAUGCCCAGCAAGAAGGUGCUUCCAGGACAUUCCCUCAAGGAUCACAACACCAAGAAGAAUGUUCAAUUUCGUAAACAAUAUAUGUCGCCUUGCCACUUCAAGAUCUGCAACAUGGGACGCAAACGCAAUGCCGGCUACAAUCCCUACUAAAGAGCGUAAAUGCCAGAAAUCCGAAAAGCAAACACAAAAAACCAAAGUAAAAUAAACCCUUUAAAGAAAACUAAGAAUUUGCAUUGUCACAAAAUCGUUGAGCGAAGGUUCAAAUGCCAAGUAUUGUCUACUGCUCUAAUUUUAAUUAGAAACACCCGCGCGGAAAAUAAUUAGAAAUUAUGAUUACAUUGUAUUUAUAAAAUAUGUCUCGACCUACACACACACAGACACACACAUUUGAUCCCUGCUCUCUGCAAAUUGACACACACACUCACACACGCACACACUAAAGUAUUUCCAUUUUAGUUUUAAAAAUAAUUAUUAUCUAUGAUUCUUGUUGUAUUCGAAAUACAUUAAAUUGUAAUAACCAACACAAUGUUGUUAGAUAUUAAGCCAAAACGUACAUAUUACAAAGAAUAUUUAUUGAAAAGCAAACCAAACGAAAAGCGAGGAUGAUAUGUGGCCAAGUUUCUUGAAUAAAUGUUAUAUAAUUAUGGUA